UAUAUGAGAGAUCGAUUAUAAUCUAUCGGAAGAACAGUUUAGCAAUAGUCGUAAAUCUUAGCAAUAGUAUUUUUACGUUAACUACUAUGGAUGAUAACAACCACGAGUUUAGCAAUGAAAGCAAAAAACGAAAGUUAAGUGGAGCAGCUACCCGUAAGUUAGCUAAGAAGGUUCGUUUGAACAUGGAUGCAAGUAAGUGUCACAAACUAACAUCAUAUUUAACUAAAUUGUCGGAUACUGAGUCAGUUACAACUUCUGUAAAUACGCUUGUGUCUGAAGAUCAACACCUUUCUAAAAGUGUCCAUACAGAAAGUUGUGAAACUGAUACGCCUGCUGAAAGUUUUCAACACUGCUUCGAGCAGACAAACAAUAAUGAAGCAUUUAAUGAAAAAGAACUUACCCCAUAUAUCCCGGUACUAGUUACAACUGUUCAAGAACCACUUCUUCCUCAAUCGGAGUUCCCUUCAGAUCCCGGACUAUAUAACAAUACGAGUUUGAGCGCAAAGCUGAUAAGGAAGUUAUGUGAAAUAGGACCAUGUCAGCCAGGUCUACAGAAAUCUUUCCAAUUUCCAACUGAUGAAGCCGGCCGUAAGUUCCAAACAUCUUGGUAUACAAAAACUAUUGGAAAGGGAAGUAUAAAAAAGGAAAGAAAUUGGCUUGUAUUUUCACCUAGCAAUCAAAAAAUGUACUGCCACGCUUGCUGGUUAUUUGCUGAUUUUAAAGCUGAAAAUUAUAGCAAAGAAUGGUCUGAUACAUCUGCAGGAGUUUAUAAGUGGAAAAAAGGCAUGGAAAAAAUAGUUGAACACGAAACUUCUCACCAGCAUCAAAACGCAAUACGCCAAUAUUUGCUCACUAAAUAUCGUAUUUCAAAUGAUAAAACUGUUAUAUUUGGUUUAAUUAGUCAAGAGUGUCGCCAAGUAGAAAAGAAUAGAGAAGUUUUGAAAUGAAUGAUAGACGUAACGUUGUUCUUAGCAAAACAAGGUUUAUCAUUUAGAGGACACAGAGAACAUCAACAUUUCAAAAUUGGUAAUAAAGGUACAGCUAAUAACGCUGGCAAUUUUUUUGAACUGUUAACUCUAUUAUCCAAAUAUGAUCUUACUUUGGAAAAUCAUCUUAGGUAUGAAAAGAGAAAUCAGCUGUUUUUAAGUCAUGAUGUACAAAAUGAUUUAAUUCAAUCGCUUGCUUCUGAAAUUUCAUCCACAAUCAACAAUGAGCUUAAAUUAGCCCAAUUUUUUUCGUUAAUUAAUGAUUCAACUAAUGAUAUUUCCGAAAUUGAUCAGAUGUCAGUUUCGUUACGAAUGGUUUUAAAAUCAGGUAAUGUUGUAGAAAGAUUCAUAGGCUUCUAUACUUUAGAAAACAGCAACGCUGAAGCAUUUGCUGAGUUAAUUUUAUCUGAGCUUGAAAAACGAAACAUUGAUAUUAAACUCUGCAGAGGACAAGCAUAUGAUGGUGCUUCUGUAAUGUCUGGAAUUAAAAGUGGUCUUCAAACUCGGAUAAAAGCGCUUUCACCAAAUGCCAUCUAUGUUCAUUGCUGUGCUCAUGUUUUAAAUUUGGUGACCAUUAAAGCAAUGUCUGUAAACAGCGAAGUCCAGUUAUUUUUUGGCACAACUGAAAAAUUGUAUACGUACCUUACGUCUAGUUUACCACGACUUCAUAUUCUCCAAGAACACCAGAAACGUCUAUAUGAAUCAACAGUAGACACUCUGAAACAACUUUCUGAUACAAGAUGGGCAAGUAGAAAGCAUGCAGUUGAUGCUGUUGUUGAAUCUUUUUCUGCUAUUUUAGCCACUCUAGAAGAUAUAAAUCUAGGAGAAUCCAAACGACAUACAGGAAAUGUUAGAGCAGAUGCUAUUGGACUAUCAACGUUUUAUUUGCAAAACAAAACCUACUUCAAUGUUUUGGAUACAAUUAUAACCCAAAUAAAUGAACGAUUUUACGACUUUAGUAACACAGUUACACAUUUCCACUGCCUUGACCCAUCAAAGCUGUCUGAGGAAAAUAUUAAUUCAUUUAAAAACUUAUGUCAAGUUUAUUGUAACGACGUAAACACUGAAGAAGCAAUUGUAGAGUAUGAAAUAUUCAAAGAUGUGUAUGCAUCAAUAUCCCCAUUGACAACUGACCUACAAAUAAAAGAUGUACUUCAAUUCUUGAUUGAGAAACAGAUGGCACCCGGCCUCCCUAACUUGUCUAUUCUUUACAAAAUCUACUUGACUCUUCCUGUUACAUCUGCUAAUGCUGAAAGAAGUUUCAGUAAACUAAAGAUUAUAAAAAAUUAUCUCAGAUCAACAAUGACAAACGACCGUCUUUCUGGGUUAGUAUUAAUUUCUAUUGAACGAGAGCUUGCUGAAACCAUUGACUUUAACUUCUUAAUUAAUCGUUUUGCUUUAAUGAAAUCUCGCAAAAAAAAAUUUGUGUAAAUUAUCUGAGAAGUGAACUUUUUUUCUAGAUGCUAACUUUUCCAAUAUGUCAAGUUAAAUAUAUUUUUAAAUGAAUGAACUAUUUCAGCAACAUUGAAUGUUUCUAAUUUUUUAAAAGAUAAUUGUUAACUAAAAUUAA